GCCGUAGAGCGCCGCCAAGUGCGCCUGCGCGCCCGAGCGGCGGCGUUGAGUCAGGCCGGCGCUGGGGACGACUGCGGCGGCCGCCCUCGCAGCGCCAUGAAGACCCGCUUCAGCACCGUGGACCUCCGCGCCGUGCUCGCGGAGCUGAACGCCAGCUUGCUAGGAAUGAGAGUAAACAAUGUUUAUGAUGUGGAUAACAAGACGUAUCUUAUUCGUCUUCAGAAACCAGAUUUUAAAGCAACGCUAUUACUGGAAUCUGGCAUACGAAUUCACACAACAGAGUUUGAGUGGCCUAAGAAUAUGAUGCCGUCUAGUUUUGCCAUGAAGUGCCGAAAACAUUUGAAGAGUCGGAGAUUAGUCAGUGCAAAACAGCUUGGUGUGGAUAGAAUUGUAGAUUUUCAAUUUGGAAGUGAUGAAGCUGCUUAUCACUUAAUCAUUGAGCUCUACGAUAGGGGGAACAUUGUUCUUACAGAUUAUGAAUAUCUAAUUUUAAAUAUCCUAAGAUUUCGGACUGAUGAGUCAGAUGAUGUUAAGUUUGCUGUUCGUGAACGCUAUCCAGUUGAUCAUGCUAGAGCUGCUGAGCCUUUGCUUACCUUGGAAAGGUUGACUGAAAUAAUAGCCAGUGCACCUAAGGGCGAACUACUGAAGAGAGUUCUUAACCCAUUACUUCCCUAUGGACCAGCUCUCAUUGAACACUGUCUUAUAGAAAAUGGAUUCUCUGGCAAUGUCAAAGUGGAUGAAAAAUUUGAAAGUAAAGAUAUUGAAAAAGUACUUGUUUGUCUGCAGAAAGCAGAAGACUAUAUGAAAACAACAUCCAACUUCAGUGGAAAGGGAUAUAUCAUUCAGAAAAGAGAAAUGAAACCAAGCCUCGAAGUGGAUAAACCGACUCAAGACAUACUCACGUAUGAGGAAUUUCAUCCUUUCUUGUUUUCUCAACAUUCACAAUGUCCAUAUAUAGAGUUUGAAUCAUUUGACAAGGCCGUGGAUGAAUUUUAUUCCAAGAUAGAAGGUCAGAAAAUAGAUUUAAAAGCUUUACAACAGGAAAAACAAGCAUUGAAGAAGUUAGAUAAUGUCCGAAAGGAUCAUGAAGACAGAUUAGAAGCUCUUCAACAGGCUCAGGAAAUAGACAAACUUAAAGGAGAGCUCAUAGAAAUGAACCUGCAAAUAGUUGACAGAGCCAUUCAGGUUGUUCGAAGUGCUUUAGCCAACCAGAUAGAUUGGACAGAAAUCGGGUUAAUUGUGAAAGAAGCCCAAGCUCAAGGAGACCCUGUUGCAAAUGCAAUCAAAGAAUUAAAACUGCAAACAAAUCAUGUUACAAUGCUGCUAAGAAAUCCAUACUUGUUAUCAGAGGAGGAAGAUGACGAUGUUGAUGGUGACAUCAGUGUUGAGAAAAAUGAAACUGAACCACCAAAAGGAAAAAAGAAAAAACAAAAGAAUAAACAGCUGCAGAAGCCUCAAAAAAAUAGGCCAUUGCUUGUUGAUGUUGACCUCAGCUUGUCAGCAUACGCCAAUGCCAAAAAGUAUUAUGAUCACAAGAGAUAUGCUGCUAAGAAAACACAAAAGACUGUUGAAGCUGCUGAGAAGGCAUUCAAAUCAGCAGAAAAGAAAACGAAACAAACCUUAAAAGAAGUCCAAACAGUUACCUCUAUUCAAAAAGCAAGAAAAGUUUACUGGUUUGAGAAAUUUCUGUGGUUCAUUAGCUCAGAGAACUAUCUAAUUAUAGGUGGACGAGAUCAGCAACAGAAUGAAAUAAUUGUGAAAAGAUACUUGACACCAGGGGACAUUUAUGUACAUGCUGAUCUUCAUGGGGCUACUAGCUGUGUAAUUAAGAAUCCAACAGGAGAACCGAUCCCACCUCGGACCUUGACUGAAGCUGGCACAAUGGCACUUUGCUACAGUGCUGCUUGGGAUGCACGAGUUAUCACUAGUGCUUGGUGGGUGUACCAUCAUCAGGUGUCUAAAACAGCACCAACUGGAGAAUAUUUGACAACAGGAAGCUUCAUGAUAAGAGGAAAAAAGAAUUUCCUUCCUCCUUCAUAUCUAAUGAUGGGGUUUAGCUUCCUCUUUAAGGUAGAUGAGUCUUGUGUUUGGAGACAUCGGGGUGAACGGAAAGUCAGAGUGCAGGAUGAAGACAUGGAGACACUGGCCAGCUGCACAAGUGACCUCAUCUCAGAAGAAAUGGAACAACUAGAUGGAGGUGACAGUAGCAGUGAAGAUGAUAAGGAGGAAUUACAGGAAACUCCUGUGCAAGUGGAAGUCGUGACUCAGGUUGACCAAGAGGAUAUUACUGUUCAGAGUGGUGGAGAUGAGCUAAAUGAAGAAGGAAUUCAGGAAGAGAGCUCUGAAGACGAAGGAGAAUCUGAAGAGGUGCUGAAAGAUCAGGACCCUGUGGGUGAGGUGAAGGAUGAUGGGGGAGACGCGUUCAGUUACCCCGAUACCACCAUUGACCUAUCCCACCUGCAACCCCAAAGGUCCCUCCAGAAAUUGGCUUCAAAAGAGGAAGCUUCUAAUCUGAGUGACAGUAAAUUACAAAGCCGGAGACAUUUGUCAGCCAAGGAAAGAAGGGAAAUGAAGAAGAAAAAGCUUCCAAGUGACCCAGGGGAUUUAGAAGUGAUAGAGGGAAAAGACAAAGAAAAAGAAAAUGCCCUACACAUUGAAACUCAUCAGAACACAAGCAAAAAUGUCCCAACUGUUCAGCCAAUGAAGCGAGGACAAAAGAGUAAGAUGAAAAAAAUGAAGGAAAAAUACAAAGACCAAGAUGAAGAAGAACGUGAACUCAUCAUGAAAUUGCUGGGGUCUGCGGGUUCAAACAAAGAAGAAAAAGGGAAGAAGGGGAAGAAAGGAAAAACAAAGGAUGAACCAGUGAAGAAACAGCCCCAGAAACCUAGAAGUGGACCACGGGUUUCAGACAGCAUAAAGAAAGAAACUCCAUCCCUUGCAGUUGUAACUCAUGAGUUACAAGACUUGGCUGUAGAUGAUCCACAUGAUGACAAGGAAGAGCAAGACCUGGAUCAACAGGGAAAUGAGGAAAAUCUGUUUGACUCUUUGACAGGACAGCCACAUCCUGAAGAUGUUCUACUGUUUGCCGUUCCGAUAUGUGCCCCUUAUGCCACCAUGACGAACUAUAAAUACAAAGUGAAACUUACUCCUGGAGUUCAGAAAAAGGGAAAAGCUGCAAAAACAGCCUUGAACAGUUUCAUGCAUUCCAAAGAAGCAACGGCAAGAGAAAAAGACUUAUUCCGCAGCGUAAAGGACACGGAUUUAUCAAGAAACAUUCCUGGCAAAGUGAAAGUGUCUGCACCCAACCUUCUGAAUGUAAAAAGGAAAUAGCUGGAAUGAAAUCCUAAAAUAUUUGCGAAGAGCCAAUUUUAUAGCCUUUUGGAAGUCCAGAGAUGAAAACACCACGUAACAAGACUUCCGUAUUUAAAAAUGAACUAAACAUUGCCUUGCUAUAUUCGCCAAAAGAACUUAUUGUUUUUUUUCCAGUUUUAUAGAGAGGAAACACUAUGAUGGGAUUUCCUAAAAUAUUUGUGGACAGUUAAAUGCUAAUUGUAUACAUUUAUAGUUACUCUACAUUUUCUUGGAAUUUGGGAGGUUAAUAUUAAUUAUUCAUUUCAUGUUGUAAGGAAACGGAACAGUGAAGUGGCUCCAUUGCUUAGACUGCUGACUUGGGAGUCUACUGUAUAGACCAUCUAAUGUAUCUGUUACUCCCAGGACAAUCACAGGGGUUUUUUUCUGGUGGUGGUGGGGGUUGAGCAUGGUUAAACAUUUAGAAUUAGGUCUUGAAAACCCUAACUACUGAAGGAAUAAAUUUCCUUCCACCUUUACUGACACUUGUCAAAAAAUAUAUUAGACCAGAUUUAAAAUACAGAUAAUUCCCAUAACUCAACUUAAAUAACACCUAGAAGAAAUUGGUGUUGAUCACUUCCAUGCACUUAUACACCUUCACUUUUCAUCUUACUUUCUUCUUUCCACCUCUAGUAAUUAUCACUAGCAUGUUACUUAAUAUCUUAACCUGUAAUAUCAGAAGUGCACUUGUAGGUUUAUCACUAACGACUCCUGACCCAGCUUUUUUCUUCUGUCUCCUAACAGAAUGGAGAAUAAAGUCAUACGUUAUUUCCAUUCUUUUAUGAGCCACAAAACUGUUACUUUUUAAAUUAGACAACAGCUGCCGAUAGUCAAUACGACCACUUGCCCCAGCCCCUAUACCAAAGCAUUAAGGUCAAAGUACUAAGUAGCUGUUGGUCCUUCCAAAAUUUCUUUUAUUAGCUUAGUGCUGAGAAUAUUUUUCCAUUUGAGAUUAAUGUAAAAAAAAAAACACAACUUUAUAAUUAUGUAGCCUAGUGUCGUAAAUACAACAUAAUAGACUACUCUUGCCAUUUAAAAAAAAUCUAAAAUAUUAAUGUUUUUUAAAAGAACUUCACCAUUUUUAUAGUGGUGAGAAUAAUUAGUAUAAUGUUUCUACAGAUAUAUAUCCUAAAGUUACCAAAAAAGGACUUAUAAUACCAUUCCUCGGGGUAAAAAGCCCAAGUAUCAUUUUUCUUUUGCUUUAUCACAAGACAGUCACUGGUGUUAAAUACAUUUAUUGUAAACUUUAGACACAAAAAUAGGUUCUCUAGCCAUUCACAUGCACAUUAAAACCAAAAAGCUGUAAACUACAACAAUGCAUAUAAUUAUACAAACGAUGCCACUCUCUGGUGUUUACAGAAUUGCUGUCCAUGCAAGUGAUGAGAGGCAUUCUCUAUGAAGCCUUAAGAUCCACAAGUGUUGUUACUACCAAACCUCUGGUUAACACUGUGAAGUAAGUGUUUUGGAAGGCAGUUCCAAGAGUUGGCUAACAUUUCUUUAAAGCAAAUGACGGCUUCUAAACUUAGCCUGAAAGUGGACAAGGAAAGAGAGAAAUAAUUUCACUUGACUGUUUAGAAGUACAUUCACUUGACAAACUACCAAAAAAACCCCACCCACUUUCUUUAAAGAUUUCCAUAGGAAUUAGUUAGUUGUAUCAAUGAAGGUUGGUUAUUGCCCUUAAAUUAUCCACAAACCUGGUUUUUCAAGAGCACUAAUUUAAAGUGUUAAGAAACAAUUUAAAAUAAUCCCUAAGGACCAAGUGAAAAGUCACUUACCUUACAAGAGAUUUUGGUUGAACUGAAAAUAUAAGUAUUUCAUUACUGUGUGCCUGAAAAAUAGACAUGAAGAACACAUUAAAAAGCAAGUACUUCACAGAUAAGUUUCAGCAACAUUAGAAAGUCUCCUUUACCAUAGGGUAGUAUACUUACAGCUCUGUGAUGGACAAGAAGGUUAUUGGCACACCCGCCAAAAACAAUUACUUCUCCUUCAUCACUGGCACAAGCUGUAUGCCAUAAUCUAUAUUGAAAACAAAAGUCCUAGUUUGAAGUCACCCAAAACACCAAAUUGGUAGUUUACACCGCAGAAUAGAGCUGAUGAAAUAAAAGCUAAAGAUCUUAGUUCAGACCAAAACAUCAUGGUGAGAAGCAAUUAUCUUAAGGAAAAGUAGCAAAAGCUAGAAUUUUAUCUGGAUGUUAUUUUUUCUCUCUCUGGUCCAGUCCUAAUGUAUGCAACAAGGGGUUUGAACUGAAUGAUCUGUUCUCUAGGUCUUUGUUAGCAAUAAAAACCUUCCAGGAGAUGAACAGUAUAUGCCCUCCCUUCUUUCUCUUUUCAUAGGUAGGGCCAGUUGGCCUUAGAUAAAACAUCUGAAGGAUGCUGAAACUGGCUGAAUACACUGAAGGUCUCUGAAGGCCUGGAAAUUCUAUGGAAAGACUAUUUAUGUCAAAUGAAGUCUCAGUGGCAUGGCUAUACUUAGGUUAGAGGCUUGGGAAAAAAUGCAAGCUGACAUAUCUGAAUGUGUUUUGAACACCAACUCUGACCAUUUCAUUUCCUUUAGCAGUCUUCAUAACAAUUCUUUUUGCGAGUAAUAAGAAAAAUAACUGUCAGUGUUUAAUAGGCUCUUUUUUUGGAUGAUAUGACUUCUUAAUCUUUGUUAUACAGCACUAUUGCACAUCUAA